AUGAGCCACAUCUACGGCAGCCACCUCUCCCCUCUGGGCAACCCCUCCAUGGUUUAUCUCCCGGCUGCCCUCGGCUUCACCCCCGGGGGGGCGAUCUCCCGGCAGGACCCCCCGCAGAAGCCCCCGUACAGCUACAUCGCCCUCAUCGCCAUGGCCAUCAAAGAAGCCCCGGAGCAGAAGGUGACGCUCAGCGGCAUCUACCAGUUCAUCAUGGACCGCUUCCCCUUCUACCACGACAACAAGCAGGGCUGGCAGAACAGCAUCCGCCACAACCUCUCCCUCAACGACUGCUUCGUCAAGGUGCCGCGGGAGAAGGGGCGGCCCGGCAAGGGCAGCUACUGGACCCUGGACCCGCGGUGCCUGGACAUGUUCGAAAACGGCAACUACCGCCGGAGGAAGAGGAAGCCCAAAGCCCCGGGGCCGCCGGAGGCGAAGGGUGGUGGGAGGAUUACAGCUGUACCACUCAUGGGGCUACAAGAGACAAGGGAUGUGACCAAGUAUCCCACAGCAUCACCAAGGAUGGACUUUGGUGGGAUCGGGAUCAACUCCUCACCAGGCAGAUGGGUGGAAUAA